GUUUGUUGUCUUCGCUGCCGGUCGACGACAUAUGAAGGUCCAGCGGCCUUGUCUGCGGGCUUGUGAGGAGAAAGUUGAGCAGGACGUCACGUGCAAGGUUGCCUGUCCACAUCGAAUUCAUGGCAGACAUGCAGAGGAGAUUGCCUCUGCUGCUUCUCGUUGUGGUCGUCUUCGUCUUUGUCGUCUUCCUCCACGUGUGCUUGUCGUGCCGGCCGUGGAAGCAACGUCGCAAGCGCAGGGCGUCAACGAAAGGCGCUGUGCUUCAAGAGGGACGUCCCAUGGCGGGCAUGCAGGCAGGCGCUGUUCUGCCUGCAGCUGAGGGCGGAAGCAAACCUGCGACGACGGAGCCUUCAUGGUGGUACGACCCGUUCAUGUACAGCCAUCUGCCAUCGUGGGAGACGCCGCUGCCUCCCUCGGACGAGGAGCCCGUGGGGGAUGAACUUCCAACAUUUCCUCUCGGCAGCGGGUUGACGCAGAUGUUGUCGCAGACGGUGCUCGCAGGUGGGUCGGCAUGCAACGGACGCAGCGAGUACACGACACUUCUGCAGCAGGGCUUGGGAGACGACGACGAUGGGGGAGUUGAUCUCCGGUUCGGGUUGUGUUCUGGCGGCGGUAGGGAGCCGAGCCGCACGUUCAUCAUCGACGCCGAUCCUUCACCACGUGGCGUUCAACAAUUUGGAAGUCGCCAUACAGAGCAGUCCACACUUCGUGGCGGUGCGUCCGUUACUGGCGGUGUCGAGCCAUCGGCAUCAGGCCGGCAGCAUGGAUCGAGUGCAGCGUCCGCCGAUCGAUUGAUAAGCACCUGCCCCGCACACCAUGGAGUCGUAGUCGGGUCUCUGCGCAUCGGCGGUACACUUCAUUCGACACCCAAAACCACAACGCCGGCCCAACCCGACCUCAGAGACGACGGGACGUGCAGACCAGCGGUGCGUCCAACAUCCACUGUGGAGAAUAUCACACGAGGAGUGUCAAACAUGCGGGCACACAGCGAUGGCGGCGACGACGAUGGUGGUGGCGGUGACGAUGCCGACGAACGAUUCGGGGAGGACGUGGAGGCAGGGGACGACGACGACGACAUUCCUAUUCGGCCUUUGGGGAAGACGGGUGGGAGGGGGAAAGGACGCAGCAGGGGUGUUGUUCGUGGUCGAUCCGUUGGCCGUGGGGGCAGAGGUGGCGUCAGCGACGACGACGGGAAGUCUGCGACGUACUGGUCCCCAGAAGAGCAAAUGCAACUGGUGAGAUGCAAGCGGGAGCAAGAGAUGCACCUCGCCAGUCUCGGUCACAAUUACGGGCGGAUGCGGACCAAGGAGUGGAAGUGGGACGAUAUUGCCAAGCGCAUGGCGAACACGGGGAGGCCUAAGGACGCGGAGGACUGCAUGAAGAAGUGGGACAACAUCUUCCAAAACUACAAGAAGGUACAGAGGUUUCAGAACGCGAGUGGCCGGCCAGAUUUCUUCCGGCUUUCGAAUGAAGAAAGGAAGGAGCACAACUUCAAGUUCCGGAUGGAGAGGACGCUGUACAACGAGAUCCACGCAGGCAUGGUGGGCAACCACACAAUUUUCCCUCCCAACAUCGCCGACACCGGAAGUCCGGACGGGGUGCAGCUGCCCAGGCGAGGAGCGGGUGCUGGGGAGUCUGUUGGUAGUGAGGGCACUGGUGAAGGCUUCCCUGAAGAACAUUCUACUACGAGGGACUCUGAUAACAACGCAGCCAGCCGGGCUGGGGGCGGGAAGUGGAAAAAUGCGCGUCAACAGGUGUUGGAGUCGAUUGCUGAUGUCAUGGACCGCCAUGGCGAACUGAUGUCGUCGACGAUCGAAUCGUCUAGCAAACAGCAAUGCAGCAUAUUCACGAGGCAAUGCGACAUACUGGAGCAGGAAGUUGCAGUCCAGAAAGCGCACUACACGGCAUCCGAUGAGACGCAGAGGAUGAUGUGCCAAGCGCUUAUGGAGAUCGCUGCAGCCAUCCGUGGUCGGUCGCCGAUGUCGCCACGAAACAUAUCUAUGCGAGGGAACACCCGUGGGAAGAAGCGCGACGUGGUCGUUGACGACACCCAAGGGCAGGGAAGAGGGCGGCGGCAGGCCCCGAAAGCAAAGAGGCUGCGUACGGAAGAUGCUUCAGCAGGGGUGCCUCGCCGUGGAGCGCAAGGUUGGGCGGCGGCAGCAGAGGGGGACUACGACGAUGAGCUCAAGACGGAGGAGGAGCAGGCGGAGGCGACCACGUGUGAAGUACGCGAGAGCGGUCGGCAGCGCUCUUCAGAUCACACCGCUUCGAAGAGGAUGCUCACCCCGCCACCCGAGGCGCAGCAGCUGCGUGGCCGAGAAACGCGGACAGAGAAGGCUCCCGUCGUCGAUCUUGGCGGCGAUGAUGAUGAGCCCUUGGAGAGACGUCGCAUUUGCAUUCAUACAACAGCGACCCCACCGCCAGAGGUGGCCGUGCGCGUUACUGCAAACGAAAGGCCAGUCUCGGGUAGGCUGCCCGCCACGCUGUGUCAGCCACGUCAGUGCAACGAGGGUGGUAAUGGAGGGUCUGUCCAACGCGGCGGUGGGGGGGAAGUCGUGGCGGACGAGCGCGCAGUUGGCGCCGAGGAGGGAGGUGCUGCGGGGACGGGCGGUUCAGGCACUGUGGCCGCCGUUGCGAUGGCAAGGGAGGAGGCAGCAGUUGGGGCGACGGCGAGAGAGGAGGCGCAUGGCGAGAGGAAAGGCGAUUGGGAGGCUGGCGAGUGCGGUUCAAGCCGGGUACAUAGGAGUGUUAUGACAAAAUACCUCAUCGAUCGUGCCGUCCUUUGGGUUGAUGACAAAGCUUUCAGGACGACGGGGAGGGGCGAAGAUUGUACAACAUCGUCCACGAGAUGAGAGAGUACUUCGUCACCAUCGCCAGCGGUCUUCCACCGCCUACCGUCCCUUGGAGUGUCGUUCUGCCGAAAUUUAGCACGCGCAUAGGCAGGAUCG